AUGAACGAGUGGUUUCACUACAGCCACAUCCUUAGAGAGAAGAGAUUAGCUUAUGCCGUUAGCCAACUCGUGGGAGAUGCUCGCCAAUGGUGGUUGCAAGAAGUUGAUUAUCGCUGGUACUACAAGGAGCCGAGUAUCACCUCGUGGAGAGAUCUUAAGAAGCUGCUAAGGAAUAAAUAUGCUCCACAAGCCAAUGCUAAGAAACCAGCGUUAUUCAAAGAUCACAAGAAAAUCCCAACACCCGUGGAGGCUAAGCCGCAGCCAGCCCUUGUUGAGAACUUGAUCAAGCCCCAUAAAAAUAAGAAAAUGGAGGAUAAGCCAACAUCUCCACCGAAGAAGGUCACCAAACAAGUUGUCAUUCACAAGCAAAUUCUAAAAACAUCAUUUGAAUCAAGCGGUGUUGGAGACAUUGCAGAUAAUUCGGAUUUGAGGUCAAAUCCUUUUCAAGUGGGAGAGGAUGAUGAAAUCAUGGCCAGUUCACUUGAACCACACAAAGACGAGGAGCUACUUGAAGCCGAGAACACACGGCCACGAACCACCGGCCACGAAGAACAGCUUGUACCGGAGGAAGCAUUGAUCGUCCCGGCGGGUCCUCUAACAAGAUCAAGAGCCAAGAA